ACAAAGACAAAGUUGAAUCUUCCUAAAACCAUGGAAGAGGUCUUGAAUUUCAUCAUGCAUGCUAUUGAAUCGUCAAAAAAACUUGAACUUGAACUACCCAACAUAAUCAACCACCUUGAAAUUCUAUUCUCAUCCAUUGAUGAAGUAGAAAAAUCAUUUGGUGGUGCAAAAGAAAGGGUCAUGAUGUUGUUGUCAUCACAACAUGACAUAACAAAAACAACACUUUCUAAUUCAUUUGCUUCAAUGAUGUCUCAUGAUGUUUUCAUGAACAAAACUCAACAUGCUCAAAUAGAUCGUUUGCUUGAUUUAAUGCAAAACCCUUUUGAUAUGAGUCAUGUUUUGCUUGAGAAUAAGAUGAUAAGUGGUGGUGAUAUUCCAAUGUUAAGGUCAAAGGGAACAUUGAAGAUUGGUGAAAUGGUUGGGAGGAAUGUGGAAGGUUUAGAAAAAUCAAAAGGGUUAGAAGGAGAAAUGCAAGGAAUACAAACACCACCCUCAAGGCCAAAAAAAAGGAAGAUUGAUUUGGAGAAGAGAACAGUGAUGGUUCCAGCACCACAGGUUGGAAAUACAGACAUGCCACCAGAAGAUGGCUUCACUUGGAGAAAAUAUGGCCAAAAAGAGAUACUUGGCCGCAAGUACCCAAGGAGUUACUAUAGGUGCACACAUCAAAAAUUAUAUUUGUGUCCUGCAAAAAAGCAAGUACAAAGAGUUGAUGAGAAUCCUAACAUAGUUGAAGUAACAUAUAGAGGUGACCAUAUUUGUCACAAAUCCUUAACAGCACCAUUAUCAUAUCCACCACCACAACAACUACUUGUGAACAUUAACAAUACUCAAACCACCAUUUCUCCCCAAUUGUCUCCAUCAUCAAAUUCAAGGUGGCCUCAAGCGGCGAACCUCGGCCUCAGGGCCGGUGAUGCCAGCGGUAGUGGUGGACCGUCUACUACAAGAUAUGGCAUUGAUUAUCCGGUAGCCGAUAUGGCGGAUACAAUGUUCAACUCAGGUAGUAGUAGUGGUAAUAGUAUGGAAUCACUCUUUGCUCCAAUGGAUGAUAAAUGGGAACUUGAUGAGAAUAAAAGUUGAAUGAUAGAGUAAUUGAUUUCAUGUUGGUUUCAUUCAUUUUCUUAGGUAUGUGUAUUUUAGUCUUUUGAAAUUGUAAAAGUCAAAUUAUUUUUUCAAAUUUACAA